AAGUUAGUCUCAAAUAUAAAAUUUAUUAAAUUUAGUGGAAAUAAAGAAAAUCAAGUUAUGAAAAAUUAAGAAAAAUAAACUUAAAUACUUAAAGUGUGAGAAACGUUCAAAACUUUAUAAAAGCAACAAGACUUUCCCAUCAUAUUUUACAAGUAUCCAGUUUUUGUGAAAGAACAACGAUUUAUAUCAUGGAGGAGAAAAUGCCGGCUUUUUGUCCAGGCAAUAUCACUCUUCACGACAUUUGGAUCAACCAUGGAGUUUCACAAUGUGUUAUGGACACAAUAUCAAGUUCAAUAAUUGGUGGCUUCAUUCUGUUCUUCGGAUUUGUGCAGAUUAUCGUCUAUCAAAAAUAUUCAACCAGGAUUGAUUCACUUCGUUUGAGGCCUUCAUUUCUGUACAAAUUUCAAAUUCUACUCAUGAUAUUAAUGCCAAUCUUAACAUCUGUCAGAUUCUACUUAAGAUGGAAGAUUUAUAUAGAAGAAAUUUAUGGAUACAUGAUAAUGUACACAGUUCUCACAAUAUUUUCAUAUCUGUUCGCGACAUGUCUUAUCUGGAAAGAGCGUCACUAUCAGCUGCCAUCAGUACCAUCUCGAGGUCAUGGAAUUGUCUUGUUGACAUUUUUCACAUUCAUAUUUGUAGCUCAAAAUCUUGCUCUGGUCAAUAUAAAUUCAAAUGAUUGGUGGUUUAACAUGCAAACCAAACAAGAUCGAAUUGAAAUGACUUUCUUCGUUACAAGAUACAUUUGCACGCUUUUCAUUUUUGUAUUGGGGUUGAGAGCGCCGGGAAUCUCAAGCAUUGCAAAUGAAAAUGAAGAAACUCUCAUGGAAGAACAGGAACAAAAUGAUGAAAAUCGAUCGACAUUCAGAAAUGGUUGGAAGAAGUUGAAAACUUUAAUGCCAUUUUUAUGGCCAAAGAAAGAUUGUCUUCUUCAACUUCGUGUACUUUUAUGCUUCUUUCUUCUACUAAUUGGACGAGUAAUUAACCUUUUCGUUCCACUUUACAACAAGAAAAUAGUCGAUUCAUUGGCUGUUCCUAAUGAGUUUCGAUGGGGAUUAAUUUUGACUUAUGUUGGAUUUAAGUUCCUUCAAGGUGGUGGAACUGGCUCGAUGGGAUUUCUUAACAAUGCAAGAAGCUUCAUGUGGAUAAGAAUUCAACAAUAUACAACACGAACAAUUGAAGUUGAACUCUUUCGUCAUCUCCAUUCAUUGUCAUUGCGUUGGCAUCUUGGAAGGAAAACUGGAGAAGUUUUAAGAGUUAUGGAUCGUGGCACAGAUUCAAUCAAUAAUCUACUCAAUUACAUUCUUUUCUCAAUCAUUCCAACACUUAUUGACAUCUUAAUUGCUGUUGUCUUCUUCAUCACGGCUUUUAAUUGGAUGUUUGGCUUAAUCGUUUUCGUUACAAUGAUUCUUUACAUUUUCUUAACAAUCGCCAUCACUGAAUGGCGAACAAAGUUCCAACGUCGUAUGAACUUAGCCGACAAUGAGACAAGAGCAAGAUCGGUUGAUUCAUUGUUAAACUUUGAGACAGUUAAAUAUUACGGCGCUGAAGGCUAUGAAGUUGACGCUUAUCAGCAAGCAAUCUUAAAUUAUCAAAAAGAAGAAUUUAGUUCAAUUUUCACAUUAAAUAUUCUCAACACAGCUCAAAAUAUUAUCGUUUGUAGUGGUUUACUUGGCGGUAGUUUACUUUGCGCAUGGAUGGUUGCAUUUGGAAAAGGAGCGGAGAAAUUAACCAUUGGUGACUACGUGCUGUUCUCUACUUACAUCAUUCAACUUUAUGUGCCGCUCAACUGGUUUGGAACUUAUUAUCGUCAAAUUCAGAAGAAUUUUGUUGAUAUGGAAAACAUGUUUGAUCUCAUGAAAGAAGAGCAGGAAGUGAUUGAUGCUCCUGGUGCACCAGGCUUGAGUGUUGUUAGAGGCGGAAUAGAUUUUUCAAAUGUCUCGUUUGGUUAUUCACCUGAGAAAAUUAUUCUUAAAAAUGUGACAUUUAAUAUCGCACCGGGUAAGACUGUCGCACUUGUUGGUCAAUCUGGAGCUGGAAAGUCGACGAUUAUGAGGCUUUUGUUCCGAUUUUAUGACGUCAAUUCAGGAGCGAUUAUGAUUGAUGGUCAAAAUAUCAAGACCGUUACACAAGCAUCGUUGAGAAGGGCGAUUGGAGUUGUGCCUCAAGACACAGUUCUUUUCAACCAAACUAUAAAGUACAACAUAAAAUAUGGAAGAAUUUCAGCUGAUGACCAAGAAGUCAUUGCAGCAGCUAGAAAUGCUGAUAUUCAUGAGAAGAUUCUUGCAUUUCCGCAACAAUAUGAAACGCAGGUUGGUGAGCGAGGUUUAAGACUGUCAGGUGGCGAGAAGCAACGUGUAGCAAUUGCGAGAACAAUUUUGAAAGGACCUCAAAUUGUUUUACUUGAUGAAGCGACAUCAGCACUUGAUACACAAACUGAAAGAAAUAUUCAAGCAGCUUUAGCGAGAGUUUGUGCGAACAAAACAACUCUAAUCAUUGCUCAUCGCUUAUCAACGAUUAUUCAUGCUGAUGAGAUUUUAGUUCUCAGAGAAGGUGAAAUUAUUGAACGAGGUCGACAUGAACAACUCUUACAAGAACAAGGCUUGUAUAUGGAAAUGUGGAAUCAACAAUUAAAGAAUAUGGAAGGUGAAAAGUUGCGCGAUGAAAAAGAUUUCCAAGAGUUGAACGGGGAGAAAGCUGAACAAGUAAAAAGCAAGCAUUACUAA